AAUGUAUAUACAUCCACGCAUACAGGAUUUGUGCUUCAAAACAAGAACAAAUCCACACACGAUUGUAGCUUAAAAAAACAGGACACGUUCAGAAUUGUGAGCGAACACUACCCAGGAGACCUCCCAGAGGUAAAGCAGGUGUCUGCCAUCUCCCUCUGCCACCGCCUUCCCGGGGCCUCCCCCAGAGACCGCCGGGCCCCGAGGCCGCCUGCCCGCGCUGUGGGGAGGCGGCACGCGCUCGCCACCGCCUUCCUUCACCCGACCCGGAGCCCUGGCCGGACCAACGCCCGCCGCGGGGCACAGCAGGGGCUCGGCCUCCCAUUUCGGCCUCCCAGGGAGCGCUGGGAACGCCACAACCGGCCGGCCCUGCCACCCCUCGCCGCCUCGGAACGGGACUCUAAAAUGGCGGCGGCCGCCAGCGCCGGCGUGCAGGCAGUAGAAAAACAGCUGAAGAUCUGCGGCUUUAAGAGGAAUGUGGACGUGUCAGUAUUGUAUCUGGCUGGACAAGGACUAAGAAGUAUCCCAAGUCUAUCACGGUUUCAUAGGUUAAGGUGUUUGUGGAUUAACAACAAUAAGAUCCAAGAUUUAACCUUCUUGAUCAAAAACUAUUGCUUGACUGAACUCUAUCUCAACAAUAAUGAACUGACAGAUGUAUCAGGUGCUCUGAAACACUUAAGCACGUUACAGAUUCUGUUGCUUCACAACAACCAGUUAAAAAAUCUUGGCAAAACAGUGAAGGAAUUGAAAGGAAUGCUAAGCUUGCAGACCCUAAACCUAUUCCAUAACCCUCUGGCACAAGACCCAGACUACCGGCUUUAUGUGAUAUACUUCAUUCCUUCAGUACAGCUCCUUGACAGGAAGUUUACACAAGGAGAAAGGGAAUCAGCAUUUCAUCUUUACAACCGCGAAAGGUCUUGUGUCGUGCAGUCAAUAGCUUUUGGAAAGAGAGUGGAGACUACAGUGGGGUCUAGCAGAUGCACUCAACCGGCCAGAAGACUGAUGAUGCCCUCAGGUUAUGAAUUUGGAAAUCACACAAAUAAAGUGCCAUUUGAGAACCCCCAAGACGCCGUUUUACUACGGGCAAUGACAAGAUCUCUAACGGAGUUUUCCUCUGUUGACUGGAACAAAGUAGCCACCUGUCAAGAAAGGCGGCUUGAAAACAAAGUGGAAGAACCCCACGAGAAGCUGACAGUCCAAUUUAGAUGAGUGCUUUCUUCCUUAAGAAAAAAAUUAUUCCCCCCUCUAGUGUGAAGAUAAGCCUCUUAAGUAAGUUAAUAUCUCUAUAAAACAAGUACACUAAAAAUGCAUCUAAUUAAAAGAACUUCCAGCAAUAAAAGUGUUAGUGUCACAUUCCUUUUAUCAUCAGGUAUGUAAUAUGGAGAGUGAAGAAAUUAAGAAAACAAAUAGUAAAUGGAGGCAAUGUUACAGUAAAAGUUGCAUGGAAUGCAACUUAUUGUACUUUUGUUAUCAGAAGUUAUUAAAGCUAAACAGCAAGUUACUUUUUAAGAAACUAAGGAUAAAUAAUUUCAUUUCUUGUAGUUUCUACUGGAGAAUUAGAUGUACCGUGUUCACUAACAGUAAUUUGUCUUCCUGCCCUCAAAAUAAAGAUAUGAGAAAGCAA